AGGCAGCACGGCACGUCGCCUGCGCUGCGCUGCCGCAGCUGAUCAGUGCGCUCCUGGCUGCUCGGAGCUCCGCGUCUCUCCGCGAAGACCCGACCCUGUGCCCGCCGCUCCUCACGCUGCAGCCCGGGUUCUGACGACAGCUUGAGCCGCCGAUCCGCCACAAUGACUCCCAGCUGUUCUUCCCUCCUGUCCCCCCUCCCCCAGCUCCAUCAUGCCCAUCCUCAAAAACCUCCCAGUGCGCCUGAAAGGCGGUGGUCCGACUCUACACAACGCUUUGAUCCUGCGCAGGAUGAGCCUCAACAUCACCCCCCACCAUCACAACCCCUUCGACAACGAUGACGACAGCAUCCAUGGCAAUGGCGGCCAUGGCAACCACUGGUCACCCGGCAGCUCGCUCCUUGACGGCGAUGGCCCAAGGGACCGCAACCCGUUUGAGGAUGAGGAGGACGAGAACGAGGCCAAUGAGGGGAAAAAGGGAAGUGGAGGUGGAAGCGGAGGUUCAGGGAAGGGAUCAUUCAAGUUCACGUCCCCGCUGAAGACUCUGGGAAAGCUGGGGAAGAACCUGAGAAUGUCGGGGAAGAGCAAAGGAAGUGCCUCUCCCUCCCCACAGGGGUCGCUGCAAGGAACGCCUUCCCCUGCAGAGAAGAAGAAGAGGGGCAGGAGGAGCUCUGAAGGAAGUUUGUUGAGGUUUGCGGGGAAAUAUCGCGACACCCUCGGCUCCCGUAAGGAGUCUUUCAACAACGGCGAGCUGAACUGUUCGGAGAGCGAGUGCGACUCCACCAGCCGCCGCCUGUCCUUCAUGAAGAUGGUGGGCCUGGGGAAGCUAAAGAAGGAGUCCAUGGCCGACCACUCGUCCCAGGGCCCUGAGGAGCAGCCGGUGCAGGAGGAGGCGGUAGAGGAGGUCAAACCUAGAGAACCACUGUCAGUGCUGGAGAUCCUGCAGCUGGUGAAGAAGCGGGACCUCUUGUUGGCCGACACUCACAUCCUGGAGCUGGAGCAGGAGUGCAAUGAGUCCGCCGCGGCCGACCGGGGCGCUGCGCCGCAGGCGGAGGACGCCACCAGCCCGAGCGUCAAAGACGGCGGGCGGAGGAAGGCGAAGGACGUGGAGCUGCUGUACGAGGAGCUGCAGAAGGAGCUGUGGGCCGUGGUCAGGGAGUCUCUGCGCUCCCCGACAGCCGGGCCAAACCUGGGCCUGGUGGUUCAGGUGCUGCAGCAGGAGGAGCAGGUCGAUAAAGACUGGGCCCUCAGUGAGGCCGCGGCCCCCGGGGGCCCGAGGCCUCGCCGUCUGAAGCAGAGGUGGAGGGAGGCGGUGGAGGAGGCCGCUGACGGCUCUCUGCCUCAGAGAGCAGAGUUCACAGCCGGAGAGCUCGACGGAUACCUGGACCGGCUCCGAGCCCGGGUGGUGGAGGACCUGGGGGCCUCCAACAGGAACGUGGUGUCCAUUUACCCCGAAGAGUACCAGCCCUUCCAGGUGUACGUGCAGAGCUACCACCAGGCGGUUGCUAGGCGACUGCAGGCCAUCACCGACAACCAGCUGGAGAUCACUGACAUCUACUCCCUGCUGGACUGGCUGCACAACAUAUACAACAGAGACGUUCUGGGGACGGUGUGUAUCACGAGUCCGUUCAGCCGCUCUCAGCUCAGCCCUCUGCUGCCUUCGGAGACGGUGGACAGACUGGAGCAGGACUGUCUCAACUCCGUCAGGGCUAAAGUGACCACAGAGCUGAGCCAGGUCCUGGACGAGGAGGAGAAAAGAUGGAUGGAGUCGCUGCACAUCGAGGAGUAUCAGAUCACUCUGGCCAAGACCGUCAUUCAGAGGCUGCAGGUCGAUCUGGAGCGUUCUGCCUCCAUCAACAGGAGUCUGGGCUCCAGAGUGGCUCAGUGCAACCUCAACGGCCUGGCCGACUUCCUGUACAGUUUCCAGCGCAAAGUUGAGAUGUUUCAUGAAGGGAUGCAGAGCGGCAUGUUUGGAGACAACGAGGACGGAUACGUGUCCAAAACCAUCGCCUUGGUCAACUGCUGCCCUCCAUUCAGGGGGUUCGUGCAGCGCUGUGCUCAGUGUGAUCCGUCAGUCAGUGAGGACUCUCUGCGUCGAGCCAACAAAGCUCUGGAUCACAUCGUCCAGCAGGGAGUCAGAGUGCUGUCCGAACGCCUCUACCUGCACAUCAGGCCGUUCUUUGAGCGGCUCGUGAAGAGGAAGUGGCUGAGCAACGCGGAGCCGUACGAGCAGAUCGAAGCUCUCAUCAAAGAACACUUCAAGAAAUAUCACCGGAUGGACAGUCCUCCUUACCAGCUGCUGGUGGCGGAGGUCCACCGGCGGGUGGUGAUGGAGUACCUUCGCUCGGUCAUGCGAGGCAGAAUCAUCUGUACCUCUAUGAAGAUGAGGAAGAGGAUGGCCGGCCGGCUCAGAGAAGAAGGCAAACAGAUCAAAGUCCUCUUCAAAGACCUGGAGUCUCCGUCCAGCUGGUUGGACAGCGCGCUGUCUCACAUCUCAGAGAUCAUCCAGCUGGAAGACGUCCCCUCCAUCCAGAUGGAGGUCGGAGUUCUGGUCCGAGAGUUUCCAGACGUCAGGAAGAAGCACGUGUCGGCCAUUUUGAACAUCCGGGGGAUGACUCGGCAGGCGGAGCGUCAGGAGAUCCUCAACAUCGUCAAAGACAUCGAGAGCAGCGACGGUGGCGGCGGCGGCGGCGGCGGGGGGUUGGCUCGGUUGUCCCGGGAUCGCGCCCUCUUCUCCGAGGUGCCGGUCACCUCCGAGGUCCACUGCCUGAAUGUGGGGCUGAGCCGCAUCGCCCUCACUGCCUCGUCCUGCUUCACCACGCUGCGACCGCGCCGACGCAAAACCCGAACACAAGUCCAGGAAAACCCUGACGAUGUUCUGUGAACAGCCGAGGUCAUCCUGCUCAGCCUGCUGUGGUGGUUUUUAUUACUAAUUUAACUCCACUUUCUUCUUCAGCAGUCAUGAUUAUUACCAACUAAACUACAACUUACUGAAUCUUUCCAUCAGGCUGCCGCCUUAAAGGAAUCUGCCAACACUGUGAUUGUUUCUUUUCUUUCUGGGAGACUCUGGAGAAGUUUGUAAUGAAAAAAAGAAGGAAUGGUGUAAAAGUGGUUUAAAUGUCCAGCGGAGACUUUGAGAUUAACUUUUAAUCAUUUUGACUCUCUGAUUUCAAUUUCUUUAAAAAGUGCAACAUUUACACAUUUCCUUUCUAGGAUCCUGAUAAAAAAUAAUCUAAGCUCUCAGUGCUGAGGGGAAAAACAGUCACAUGGGAAAGAAAAAAGAGGAGAGAAGUCCCUGGUGGACGAGGAGUGACGAUGAUUAGAGGACGUGACGGCAAGAACUGAGGACAAACCUGGACUGAAAAAUCAGUUCUCGACUCGGCCGGUGUGCAGACGAUGGAUGGGUGAACAUUUUGAUCACAGAGGCAUCAAGACUUGACUCUUGUCAGCCUCUCCCCGACAGGAGAAAAUAAUCAAUUCUCCAACCAUUUCUCUUCAUUGAAACAUGAUAAAUUGAUUCGAAGUCAGAAACUUUUGUCAGAUAUGAAAUUGCACUGGAAAAUCAUUUAUUUCACCUGUGGGGGAAAAGGAGCUUCAGGGUUAAGGCCUGGUCACAUCAGAAAUUUGGCGAACCCAAAAAGAAAGAGAGCACUGGAUAGUGUGAUCAAAGAUGAAAGUUGCUCACUGGAUGAAUACACUAAAAAACAACAACAAAUAGCUCCAACGCUAACUGCUGCUAAAACCAAAAUGUCAAAUUUUUACAUUUCUAUUUCUACACCUGUUCAAUAACCAAGCAAAAAUCAGGCAGACUUGGAGUUGUUGGAAGGUUUUUCUUGUUUGAUAAAGUUAGGUAGCCAGCUAAGUAGCAGUUUCCCCCCGCUUCCAGUCUUUGUGCUAAGCUAGGCUAACCACAUCCUAAUUUUUAUUGAUGAUGAUCCAAGCAGUCAUAAGAGUGUUUGCAUUGUUCACAAAAAGCUGAAAUUAAAAACAAAACAAAACAAAGCCUGGCAACAUGCUAGCACUAUCCAAACUUCUCCAAGCUAGCUUGUUUGCUAACUGGCAGUGAGUAAGUGAGCUGGCUAAUAAGUUAAACAAAAUGUUUAUUCAAGAGACAUGUUAGUAUGAUGUCUAUCUGUCUCCUAACUGUGUGUGAACCAGGUCUCUGUUGUGGAGCAGUUUAUACUCUGACAGAGGAGCUUCGGUAAAACCGGAUGGUCACACACAGCUAAUAAGCCAGGAUAGCUUCCUCCAUUUUGGACUCUCCAGCUCUCCGUUCCAAGAGGGUCCAACUGCGGACGUCACUUCUGGGGAACUCCUUACGGCCCCCAUACAUGCAUCACUACAUUUUCUGCCACAAAAGUAUAAAAGCAAACUUUUACGGUUAAUUUAACUCAUUUUGUCUUUGAAUGAGACGCUAACAGAAAUCAAACACUGACACUAACAUUACAAGAGAGGUUUAUGUUUUCAGUUUGAUUCCAGAGGAGAUAUUAUACUGUAAUCUGUUUCACAUGGUUUUAUAGACCUAAUAUCAACAUUAGCUUCUCCAACUGGCUAACAUCAACGUUAGCUUCUCCAACAGGCUAACAUCACCUGCACUUUUGUAAUGUCAACCAUGUUUAUAUUUUUUAGCUAAUAAAGCAAAGUAUUUCUUUCACUGCUAACACACUACAAGAAGAAUAUUUAGGUAGUUUUUUACCUGACAUUACAUUAACACUAUUUAAAGUGCUGAGCAGAGAAAGAAGAGCGUUUUCAAAUCUGGUCACGAGACCCAACCCUUUUUUCAUUGGCUCUCAGACCCCUCCACAGUUGGACCCUUCACCAAAGCCCACAAUAAACCAAGUCCUUCCAAGUAGGCUACUCCCAUACAUAUGCCAAAAACAACAAAUAGAAAAAUGGCGAGGUGAGUUCCUGUGAUCAAAGGGGUGUUGUGUUCAGAGCUGCUGUGGCAGAGCGGACGAAACUAAUUUAAACUCUACAUGAAAACUCUGAUACACCUGCUGUGACCAGGCCUUAAUAAUAUACAGUCACUGUAGUGUGUCACAGGCGGGUUCGUCCCAUGUUGGUUUUGACACAUUUAACAGGAUUACAUUUCGUGUUUGUACCAAAUCACCACACGACUUUCAAGGUUUGUUUUGUUCAUAUGGUGUAGAGUUUGGCUGCGUCACUGUUUGACAUCAGAACAAACUGUCCCGACAUUUUCCUGCAGGAUUUCUGGACUGAAAGGCACUUUAUAGAGAAUCAAUAAAAGGAAACCAGUUCUCUGGACUGAAGUGCAUUAUGGGACAAAGACCAGAACAGGAGGACUGAACCAGACUGAAUUCAUCAGAUAAUCAGGACUUCUGACUCUUAAUGUCUGUAUAGUCAGGAUCAAUAAACUGGACCCUGGACUGAGAACCAGCAGCUGUAGAUCAGUGGACUAAAACCACAUGAGGACCUGCACUAUGGACUGUAAAUAAAGAUGGAUGAUGCGUAUCCACUUCCUCCCACUGUACCGGAUACGGGAGCUGCCAUCUUGCGUCGUUUGGAGCCAGAGUCUGCGCAGUAGUGAUCACACACACCCGGCAUUCAAUCAUGAUGUGAAACCCCGUUUUUAUAGCAUCAAACAACUUAUCAGAAAAAAACGAACACUUGAACACACAUCAGCGUGACAAGAACUACCUAAAAUGACAAAAAUGUAUUUAACGUGUGCUUUGAGUUUUUAGUUUGGCUCAGGUCCUGUCCGCUAACAUGGAGGGGGCGGGGUUUAUGAGCUGUACUGCAGCCCGCCACUAGGGGGCGAUCCAGAUGUUCUGGCUUCACUUUUGGGGAGCUGACACGUCAUCCAUCUUCAUAUACAGUCUUUGACCUGUACAGGUAACCAGAGGACCUGCCGAAACUCCUCCUCACGCUGUAGUCUGGGUUUUGGAUGAAAUUCAGGAUUUGUUUUGGGGAUUUCUGACCCUUCAGAGUUUCAGAGGGUCUUGUUUGUGCUUUUAUAAAUGUGGAGUUUAGUUUAUAAUCCCAGGACAUGGAGAAGCUUCAUGGGAGAUGUAGUUUUAUUGUUGCACAUGAUAAAAGGAAAAAAAAAAGACAACUUUUAAUCAAAGGUACUAGACGAUGAUCUGAGUUUCUAUCAUGCUGAUGAUGUAUUUAAAGCAGUGAUUCUAGCUCAAGCUCUUUGGUGUGAUGAGGUUUAUUAUAUAUGUGGGAUUCAGAGAUAAAUAGAGAUUUUUUUUUUGCUCACUUUUACUGCAGAAUAUUUUUUUGUGUUGAUUCAAAGUGUUAAACCAACAGUUAGAUGUAGAGAAAUAAAAGGAGAGGGCUCACUCUGUUGACAUUUGAGGGACAGAACUACAGACGGACACAGACUGAGGACUAAUUGGGAUUAAACGUCUUCUCAUAUUUUAAUGGUUUAUUCUGCGUUUCCUCACUUCCACAUGUAAUAGAUUUAUAUGUUUUAGCUUUUAACUACAAACAUUUAAAUUCCUGAUAAUCAUUUUCCAAACCAUCCAAAAUUUUUUUACUUGAUUAUAUUCCUUACAGGCGGCCACUUAAUUUGUAUUAAAAUAAUUUUUUUUUGUUCAAAGUUUUGUUUUCACGAGACUCUUUUGAAAUAUCUCAAGGAGGCUCUGACGUUUGAGAUCUCCCUCACAUAUCGACUGUACCAAGUGUAAAGGCAGUCUCAUCAGCAUACGAACACUUUAUUAGUGAAACUUUUAAAAUAGAAAGGUGUAGUUACACACUCUGCCCACCGGAGGCCAGCGUACACACAUCACUCCUCCCAUGUUGUUUUUAAUUUCCAUUUUUCAGCUGAGAUGCACCUCAGAUUAGAAACGCUUUUCUAUUCUGUUCUCCGUCUCUUGUAAAUGUGGAUGUAUGAAAUGAAUCUUUCUGUACAGAGAUCAGCUUUUAAUGACAAUAAAACAGAUCCGAUCGCUGA